AUGAGCCAAUGGAAGCGAGCCAGUUUGGCAUUCGUGUCAGUUUGGUGUUGUGUUGACAUUGAUCCCGAGCCGUUUUUCUUGCAUUCUGGCGCAUCUACAGCAUCUUGGCGAAGAGCAGAAAACGGUGAUGCUUCAGCGGAACAUUGGGUCAAUGCUCGUUUCCAAGCUGUGGAAGAACAAGCACGGCGUUGUUGGUCCGUGGGUGGACGCUACUGGGAGACCGAAUUGGACACUCCGUCGUAUGUCUCUACAUUACGAGUUUCUGGUUCGACUCACGACGCAGACUGCCCAGGAUGUUUAGACCACUUCAUGGGCUUGUGGAGUGGUGUCCCAGAUCGCCUUCUGGGUGGUCUUUGUGCCCAUGCAACUUGCGAUCGGGCCAAGGUGCAAGCGCAAGUUUAUCCUGUUUAUCUUGCUCGUGCAUUACAUCUCAAAUUCGCUUUGCCUUCAACUGCAGAGCAUUUGAAGGUUCAGGAGCUCUCCCACUGGUCACAACUACAUCUGGAUUUCGUUAUCGGGGGGUUGAGCAGCUGUGGCACCAACACUAUCACCAAUGCGCUAGACCAGGUCACUGAUGUGGAUUUCACAAUGCACGGCGAAGACGAUUUCUUCUACAAGCACGACUCCUUGCUUCCCUACAGGGACGAGGUCGAAAGCUUCAACUUUCAGUGGCUGUCCCAUUCUUGCUCGGAAUGCCUUCGCGGGUUGCGUCAUCCUGGCCUCUACCACAGCCAUCGGGUGCGGCUCGCUCUGACCCACAUUCCCAGGCUGAAGGUUGUGAUCAUCGUGUGCGACCCCGUAAGCAGGUUUGAAAAGUGGUUUUGGAUGCACCUCCACUGCAAAGCUCAUGCUGUGAUGCCCCGGCACAAGUUGGCAGAUGGCCGAGAGCGCUGCUUCCGCGGGCCUGUGAGUGCGCUGGAGGAACCCGAAAUGGUGAGACAGGCCAGCUUCGGCUUUCACAUUCGCUCGCUGUACGGCCUGUUGGGCAGCAGGCUUCGCAUGAUCCAUCAGGCGCAUCUGCGACACCAGCCUGUCGAGACUUACACAGAUGUUGCACACUUUCUCGGCGCGAGAAAGCUACCCGCUACUUUCAAGAUCGAGCGGCACAACCAUCAGAGGGGCUACCGCACCGAUCUGUGUCAGAACGAAUCCCUUGUCAGGGAUCUUCAGCAGCUAUUUCUGGACGAGUAUGAUGCAAUGGAGGCUUGCAAUUUCGAUGGUUCGGACCAGAGCUGCUCCUGCGGCAAACUCGAUGCGAUCGCCCUGAGGAACUGGAAGGUGUGGCGCCUGAGACACGCCCUGCACCGUAAUGGCAGGCUCUUUGACCUCGCCAUCCACGCCUUGGUCAGCACGGUCGUGUUCAACGCGGUCGUGCUGGUCGGCAACAAAUGGACCGCGGAUGCGCUACGGGAGAUUGGCCACUCCACUCGAGGCUGGUCCAACGUCGGUACGGGCAUUGCUUCAGCACUCCAAACAGAGAUCGACCACAAGAUGAAUAACGUUUCUUCACUUCUGCUUGGCAGCCUGGAGCACGUUGUGGAUGCCCAGAGCCAGUUGGACAUCGUCCUCUCCAUGGUUGGGAACGAAACCGAUGCUGCCAUUUCCAAACAUCCAGAGCUGUCCCUGCUGCAGCAGCACGGCCCAGAGCGUGGCUUGGUUCUGUUGCAGGAGCUUCAUCAAAAGAAUGCGUCCCAUGUAGAGGCUUUGGUGCCAAUCAUCAUUGGCGCGAUACACCAGGUGAUGGAUUUCGUGAUGGAGGAGGUGGAAAGAGGAUUGCACACCCUGCUGGAAAAGAUCAAACCAGCUCUGGAGCAGGUCGGCAAGUGGAUACUUCAGUUUGGAGACAAGGUCACCAAAGGCUUGGAAGACUUCAGCUCGACGUUGGACAAGGCCCAGAAGAUGUUCGAUCAGGUCAUGGCGCAGCUGAAUGGCGGUGGAAACAACUCGGACCUGAUGAUCCAACAAACUUGGCCAAUUUUUGAUGAUGACGAUUCCGGCGAAGUUUCUGCGACGGAGCUCACGAAUGUGGGCAAUUGGUUUUCUAUCUCAGCUCUCCAAGGCAAGAAGGCAGCAGCCCUCAUCAAGAAGUAUGAUGUUUCUGGUGAUGGGGAAAUUGGGCCUCGGGAAUUCGAGAAACUGGUGAACGAUCCCAGCAUUCCGGGCUCCUUGUCGGUGAUCCUCAGGAAGUACGCGAAACGACUGGCGGAGAUCGCCGGCGAUGUCGGUGAAGCUCGUUUGAGAGAUGAUGUGGCACGUAGUGUUGCCAACUAUGUCAAAUUGGUGUGUGCAAAGAACAUGACGAAAGUGGAUUGGAUUUCCGACCGGCUUGGGAAUGGAAGUGUUCCGCUGGAUUUCACCGGGACUGUGUUCGUUGAGAUGUGCCUCUCCAGCAAAGAUCCCAAUGCAGCCGUGUUCACUAGUGCCGACACCGGCCUCUUGUUGACCACAGAAGUGUACAAACUUCACCCUGAGGCGAUGCUCAGCACCAUCGACUUGCUGGGCAACUCGUCGUGGUGGCAAUCUCAAGGCUACGACCUGAAGGACCAGCCAGAGUGCAUCAAGAUGGCGACUUCCUGGAUCACUCAGGUUCAAAAGACCGCGAUGACGCAGGGUGGCUCCAGCUUGCUCUCUUUGCUCGAUGGGAGCACACGCAGCACGCUGGACAGCACGCUGGAGCAGGAACUGGAGCUGCUCGAAGCGAUGCCCCAAGCAGCUUUCAUUAUGGCGGAGGAGAGUGCACGGCUUUACCGCCUGGAGCGACUGCAGGCACGCCAGCGCAGGCGGAACGAGCUCUUCUCCUCGCAGACCUCGCAGCUUCUCCUGAAGCGACUCCUGGGCGGAGUGUCGGCAUCCGAUGUUGGAAACCAGGACAAGGCAAGAUCAGCUGCGCAAGGAGGAGUCGUGGCAGUUCCCGAGACGCUGGAGUUUGCUGCCUUCUUGCGCAGCAACGCAUCAGCCAGGGCGAAGGAGCUACAGCAUUACUCUUUUGACUAUGCGUCUGAGUCGAGCAACUCCAUUGAUGAUUUCGCAUCCAAGAUUCAAGCCAUGAUCAAGAAGGUUGAGAGCUUCAUCCAGCUCAUGGAAAAGUAUGCUACGCCUAAGGGCAUCAACGACUUAGAGGCCAAAGUGGAAGAUUUCCUCACCAAAGCCGUCGAGGACGUGCGCAAGACAGUGGAGUCCAAGCUUGUGGGCCUUAUCAACAAGUCCGCCCCCCAGCUGGAGUCGGCCAUCCACUCGGCUGCGCACAAUGCUGGGCAGCGACUGGGAACCAUGAUCGGUGAUGUGAUUUCAACCCCACUGGCUCAGUCCCUGGAGAAGCCACUGGAGGAGAUUCUGGCUGAAGCCGUUGGCAGCAACACCACCGCAGCCAAGAUCGGGCAGUAUAUGAGCGAUGCCUUGGGCGGGGAGAUCUCCAAUCUUACCGCUUCGGCUCUCGGAGACCAGAUUGGUGAUGCGUUGGAAGGACUUCUCGACAAGGCGCUGGACAAAGCGUCGGAUGUCGCAGGUGAAGGCUUGGACACAUUGAAGGACAAGCUGAAAAGAAAGCUCACAAGCAAGGUCAGCCUUCUGUCCGUGGAUUCCGAGAUAGAUCGGUUGUUCAGCCAGCCGAAGCAAGUCAUGCUGUACCAGGAGACCAUUCAAGAAGAGGGUGUGACCGACACAAUUUCUCAUGCGUGGCAAGGAAUGGUGAAUUUGCUGCGCACCUUCUCGAACCUUCUGCCCACCGCCGUCGAUACUCUCAAAGAUGCCAGAAGUGAGGUGUCAAAACUCAGCUCUAACCUCGACUCCAUUUUCUCGGUCUUCGAGGAGAAAGGUCCUCACAUCUUCAACACAGUCGCGGACCUUUGGGUGACAAUCUGGGUCAUCUAUUUCGCGUUCAUUCUUCCUUUCUGUGCAUUGACGCUCUACUAUGGCCUUUGGGCAAAUGGCUGGUUUGGCGGUCCGAAGCCAAUUGCGCAGGAAGCAGAGCCCCAGGGUGAGCAGACGUUGUGGGGGCGCUUGUCUCUCUUGUGCUCCAAAUGCUGCAAUUGCUGCAGCAACUUCCACGACACUGAACUGUGUUUCUGGUCCAUCAUAAUUUUCAUGCAAGUCAUCGUGUUGGUGACGUUCCUGAUCGCGGUCGUCAUGGCCAUCUUUGCAGGUGUCAAGGCAAUGAUCGUGGCAGGAUGCGGCCAGGUCUAUGUGCUGGAGGAUCCUGACGUGUGUGAGAGUGCACUGACAACUCUCAGGACUUUCCUCACCAAGCUGGACGUUGGCAACAGCACCAUCUACAGCGACGAGGAUAUCCAUGGUGUUUGCGAUGAAAACCUCCUCCUCACCUGCGAGAUGGUAACGGCUAAAUUCACCAAGUCGACCAUUGCCACCACAGUCUUUAGCUUCCUGGCAUCGAUCUUCUCCUUGCAGAUGUUGUUCGACGCAGCAACGCUGCAUGAGCAGGCAGUCUGGCGACGAAAGGCGGCUGCCAAGGAAGGGAAGGAAGAUUGA